CAGAAUUCUCCCUCUCUCAAAAAGUUGGCAUUUGAAGAAAGCAAACCCGAACUCCUCUACCACUCCCCCUCCCUCUAUAAAUCUCUCUCUAUUUUUUGUGCGAUAUUUAUCUAACUGAUUCAUUCAUAUACCUCCUAAUCUACAACCAUGGCCAACGCAGCAUCUGGUAUGGCUGUGCAUGAUGACUGCAAGCUGAAGUUCUUGGAGCUGAAGGCUAAAAGAACUUACCGAUCCAUAGUUUUUAAGAUUGAAGAAAAGCUAAAGCAGGUUAUUGUGGAGAAGCUGGGUGAGCCAGCUCAAAGCUAUGAAGAUUUUACUGCAAGCAUCCCUGCUGAUGAGUGUCGAUAUGCUGUUUAUGAUUUUGAUUUCAUGACUGCAGAGAAUGUUCAAAAGAGCAGGAUUUUCUUCAUUGCAUGGUCCCCUGACACAUCAAGGGUGAGAAGCAAGAUGAUUUAUGCCAGCUCUAAGGACAGGUUUAAGAGAGAAUUGGAUGGUAUUCAGAUAGAGUUGCAGGCAACUGAUCCAACUGAAAUGGGUCUUGAUGUCAUUAGAAGCCGUGCCAGUUAAGUGUUUAUAGCCUGUGGCGUUGAACCUGACUGAAUUAUGAAAUCGGUUUGUUUGUUUGAGUUUUAUCCGAUAGCCCUCUUCUGGAAUCAAUCCAGUGAUUUUGAUUGUAUUUUUUUAUGAUCCAUCAUGUAAUGAACCUAUGCGAUGUGUGUUUCCUUAUAGCCAUACUUACAGUCUCUGUUGUACCAGUACUUGUUUUUUACAUUUCUGAAAAUGGAUGUUCCGACAAUUUCUCA